UUUACUUGAGCACCUUGAGUGUUUGGUAUCAAGACACGAGAGAUCUUUAAGAAUGACUGUUGUUAGACGUCAAGCAACUAUGUCCGGCGGUGUUUCAUCAGAAGUCGAAGUAUUAAAGGCAUUAAAGUCAUUGUUUGAACAUCACAAGGCAUUAGAUGAGAAGGUUAGGGAAAAGUUAAAGUCCGCCGUCGACAGAGCUAAUUCUUUUGAAAAUGAUCUUGAGUUGAUGCGGAGCAGGUGAAGCAGCUGAAAGAAGAGAAUACUUUCCUUCGCGAAAAAAGUGGUUUGAAUAUGGAAAAAAAUGAAGCACCUCUUAUCAAUGGCGGAUUGCCGUAUUCUAACCAUGUUAAGCGCGUUACAACAGGAAAGAUGUCCAACGGACCCACAUCAUCUGAUGAUGAUGGCGAAGAUUACAAUGCUAUCAAUGAGUUACAAUUUAAGUUAGAUAAAAAGAAUAAAGAAUUGGAAAAGACAUUAAAAGAGAAUGUUUACCUGAAGGAACGUAUCAAUUCAAUGGAGAGCAAGAUAAUAUUAUUGACCAGUGAUCUGGAUCGAGCUCAAUCAAAAUCAGAAAAAUUGAAAUCGCAGGCUCAAGAGAUUAUAGCUCAGAAAUCCGAUCUCGAAGAUAGAGUAUCCAUAUUGGAGAAAAAAUAUCAACAAGUUCAAAGGGAUUUAGUAUCAGCAAAAGAUGACAAUGAACGUCUCGAGAAUGAAUUAAAUAAGAAGGAAUCAAGCGUGUUACAGGCAGAAGAAAAAUAUCGUAAUAUGCAAGAGAAAUUUGAGCUUGCUGAACAAAAACUACAGCAGUCUUUGAGGAAGGCGGAAGCAUUGCCUGUUGUUGAGGAAGAAUUAGCGGUGCGUGUGGCUGCACUAAGCCAGGCUGAAGAAAAGAGUUCUUCUGCGACCGAGAGAAUAACGAACUUGCACCAGCAGAUUGAAGACAUCCAAGCAGAAUUAAACAGGUCAAAACAACGCGAGAAAAUGAACGAGGAGCAUUCGCAUCGCUUGUCAACAACCGUGGAUAAAUUACUCGCCGAGUCGAAUGAGAGACUUCAACAGCAUUUAAAAGAUAGAAUGGCCGCCUUGGAGGAAAAGACUUAUCUUUCGCAGGAACUUGAAUCGAGUAAAUUAGAGGUUGAAGAUUUGCGAAGAGAAAAGGAGUUCCUGGAAGUGAAGGUGGAAAAUUUGACAGCUCAAAUUGAAAGAUCCGAGAUAAAGUCCAAUACUGGUUCUUCGAAAAGUACGUCCUUGGAUGAUCCUAAUCCGAUCUCAAUUCGUGAGAAGAAAGGUCGUGAAACAAUCCAAGAUCAAGAUCGCGUACUCACGAUCAACGAAAAAGAUUGGCAUAAAUUGCAGCAGGCGACCGUACUGGAAAGUGUAUCGAAGGCUUUUGAUGACGAUUCCGUUUUGGUAAAUGGUGAUGAAGCCGACGGUGUUGCUAAAGAUGAGGACAGCGGUCGUGCUGAAGAAUUUAGACAAUCAAAACUUAGCGAUGGCGCCGAGGAGCUAGCAGUCAUGAUACAAGAACAAAUUGAAUCGAUCAAUCGAGAACUGAACAUGCUGAAGGAAGACCCAGAAAUGGACGACGAAGCUCUGCUUGCUGAGCUUGAACGAAAUUUGAAAAGUGAAUAUGGUUCAGAAACUCAAAGUGUUGAUUCAUUUGAUGCUAAAACAUUAAGAUCAUCAACCGGGAGUUCGCCUGGUACCCAGUCCCCUGAAAGUUCCUUAUCAAAACACAGUAAACGUAAUUCAAUAGAAGAUAUGUAUUCCAUCAACAAGGAUAAUUUCAUAUCUUCUCCAUCGAUGUUCCCAUUUCCUCAGUAUGAUCCCAUGGAUACUACACCAUUGAGGCUCAGCAGAGAAAAUUUAUCAACUCUUUCCGAAUCCGUGUCUUCGGAUUCCGAUCCUUUAGCUCGUGGUCCAAUCGCGGAUAAUCUUUCGGAUUUGUCAUCAUCUGGUCUCAACAGCCCCGAGACUCCACCCGUCAAAAAACGUCAUCCCGAUUUAUCUUCGCCAGUCUUAAAUAGGACCCCUGUCCUAAAUAGUUCUAACGGCUCCAGUUCCGCUAACAAUGCAAUAAGAAAGCGAGGUCUGCGUGGCUCUUUUAACAAGAUAUUCGGUUCAAAGACGCGGACCAAGCUUCGCGACAGUACUGCAAGUAGUCGAUCCGACAGCAAUGCAUCAACACUUGACUCCUACUCCUCGAAUAUGGGAAAAAGCGAACUCGACCGAAGAAUUAAACGUGGGUCAAUGCUCCUAGGAGAUGCACUGACUGCUAAAACGCCUUUCGCUAUGUGGAAUGCGCAUACAGUUGUUGCCUGGCUUGAGCUGUGGGUAGGAAUGCCUGCUUGGUAUGUUGCUGCUUGUCGUGCAAACGUUAAAAGUGGAGCUAUUAUGUCGGCGUUAUCCGAUACAGAAAUUCAACACGAAAUUGGAAUCAAUAAUCCUUUACACCGACUGAAGUUGCGACUUGCAAUUCAGGAAAUAGUCGCUUUAACCAGUCCAUCACAGCCUAUGACAAGCAAAGAGCUUUUAGUACGCGGCGAAAUGAAUCAUGAAUGGGUUGCAAAUUGUUGGCUUCCAAGCAUUGGCUUGCCACAAUAUAAGAGUACUUUCCACGAAUGUUUAGUAGAUGCACGAAUGUUAGAGCACAUUUCCAAGAAGGAAUACCAGAAAUAUUUAAAAGUUGUUGAUAGUUUCCACAGACGCAGUAUACAAUGUGGUAUCAAAUGUUUGGCUAGUGUUAAGUUUGAUAGAAGGCUUCUAGACAAACGACGACAGGACUGUCUAACGGAAAACAAAGAUGUUAUUGUUUGGAGUAAUAGUCGUGUUAUCAAAUGGCUUACUUCAGUGGGUUUGGCAGAAUAUACUGAUAACAUAAAGUACAGUGGAAUCCAUGGCUCAAUAUUUGUAUUCGACCCAGACUUUAAUCAUUCUACGCUGGCAAUGUGUUUACAAGUUCCAUCUUCAAACAGCCAGGUUUGUCAGUUGGUUGAGAGAGAAUUUACAAAUCUAAUGAAUACAGGGACUUCUGGUUCUACUUUCGUUGAUGUUGGGUCAGAGUUGAGUGAGAGUAACAAAUUUAAACGGUCUCAGUCGUGGCGAAAGAUAUUAAAAAAGAAAGAUAAAAAGACAGAAAAUAAAAGAGCGAAGGAAGAUGGAAAGUUGGAUGAGACUAAUUCUGGAUCAGAUUCAUCAAUCAGUCAGACAAGCUCGACAUCAUCGGCUAGUCUUAGUGCGAAACAACGAACGCCAGGCAAAGAUACUGAAUCUAGUGUACGGUGAAAUGUUUCAUGCAUAUUUUGUGCUAUGAGCAGUUGAACGCUUCAUAGUCGCGCAGGAUACACAAUCUCAUCUACCGUAGUCAUAAGAUGGGCUAUUCUGACUAAGAAAUCGUAAUUUUAAUACAUAUCGUUGUGUUUGUAUUCUCAUUGCUGAUUUUGACGUGCAACAAACGUUAGUUGGGUUUUAAUUCAAUAAUUGAACAGAAAAUACCGCUGGCCGUUCGGUGGUUUUUAUCAUUUUGCGUUGUAUAUGGCUCACUGUUCAUCAUUAUGCUUAAAAGCACGCAAAAUAUAGACAGGAUAUCAAAAUAUUCUGUGAAACAGAUAAGGGAGUUUUAUACUGUAUUUUGAAAUCCGCAUAAUGGAUGAUGCAUUCAUAAACUUGUAAUUUUAAUUGUAAUCAAAUAACUCUCUUCACAUAAAGCAUCACACUUCUAUUGAAUGAAUUUGACUAAGCACUGUAAAGAACUGUUCCCGUUUGUAAAGUCUUUCUCUGUUUUCUGAGUCGAACAAUUCGUGGAGAGCUCGUCAACUAUAGAAUAUUGUAUUUGGUUUAUGUGAAGGAGAAAGGUAAUUUUUUGUCAACGAUUAAUUUUGAAUGCAGCAUUCAAUUUUAAUGAAUUUACAUCGAUAAAUGUCGAUAAGAUUUAAUGUUUUAACAAAAUUGCUAUUUUAUAUAUACGGAAUUAUUAAAACACAAAGAAUAUUAUACACUUGUAAACAACUCUGUAAAAAUAUUGCUUUUGUAAUGUAAGUAUGAAUAAAAUAAAUUGGGUUGUGGUUCCUGUUGAGUUAA